GUGUGUGUCGCUUUAGUGCAGUUUACACUGAAACAGAGAAACGUGUUAGUAAGUAGUACAUCACAUGGGGAUUUUCGUUUGAGUUAAAACGGUCUGGUUUGGUGUUUGGUCAGAAGUGAUCAAAAACACACAAAUAACUGCUGAGUGUUUCCUGAGAGAGAGGAGACACACGCUGAUCUCAGCCGCUUUCAAUCAGUUGGAAAUUACCACUUCUUCGUCUUCUUGACCGGGUCCAGACCCAGAUCGUCUGAAAGAGAGUACAGUGAGCGGGUUAAGUCGUGUGGGGAAACCCCCACCUUAUUGAAGAGCUCCAGUUCUCCUAACAAGCCGCUACCUAUUUAAACUGCAAACAUGGUGUUGGCAGACUUGGGGAGGAAGAUAACAGCGGCACUUCGCUCGCUCAGCAAUGCCACCAUCAUCAAUGAAGAGGUUUUAAAUGCUAUGCUAAAAGAGGUCUGUGCUGCCUUGCUUGAAGCUGAUGUGAACAUCAAACUGGUGAAACAGCUCAGAGAAAAUGUCAAGGCAGCCAUUGACCUCGAGGAAAUGGCCUCCGGGCUGAAUAAGAGGCGAAUGAUCCAGCAUGCUGUUUUCAAGGAACUUGUAAAGCUGGUGGACCCUGGUGUAAAAUCAUGGACACCUACAAAAGGAAAGAACAACAUCAUCAUGUUUGUUGGCCUCCAGGGGAGUGGAAAAACCACAACAUGUACCAAGUUGGCAUAUUACUACCAAAGAAAAGGAUGGAAAACAUGCUUGAUCUGUGCUGACACUUUUAGAGCAGGUGCCUUUGAUCAGCUAAAGCAAAACGCAACAAAAGCCAGAAUUCCCUUUUAUGGAAGUUACACAGAAAUGGAUCCAGUCGUAAUAGCUGCUGAGGGAGUCGAAAAAUUCAAGUCAGAAAACUUUGAAAUCAUUAUUGUUGACACCAGUGGUCGACAUAAGCAAGAAGAUUCACUGUUUGAAGAAAUGCUGCAGGUUUCAAAUGCUGUGCAACCCGACAAUAUUGUGUACGUGAUGGAUGCAUCCAUUGGUCAGGCUUGUGAGGCUCAGGCUAAGGCCUUCAAAGACAAGGUAGAUGUGGCGUCUGUCAUCGUUACUAAGCUGGAUGGCCAUGCUAAAGGUGGUGGCGCUCUCAGUGCAGUUGCUGCCACAAAGAGUCCUAUCAUUUUCAUCGGUACAGGAGAGCACAUUGAUGAUUUUGAGCCCUUUAAAACUCAGCCUUUCAUAAGCAAACUGCUUGGCAUGGGAGACAUCGAGGGACUGAUAGAUAAAGUCAAUGAGCUCAAACUUGAUGAUAAUGAGGAGCUAAUUGACAAGCUUAAACAUGGUCAGUUCACACUCAGGGACAUGUACGAGCAGUUCCAGAACAUCAUGAAGAUGGGACCUUUUGGACAAAUUAUGGGUAUGAUCCCAGGCUUUGGAACAGACUUCAUGAGUAAAGGCAAUGAACAGGAGUCUAUGGCCAGGUUGAAGAAACUCAUGACCAUAAUGGACAGUAUGAAUGACCAAGAGCUGGACAACAAAGACGGUGCGAAAUUGUUCAGUAAGCAGCCGAAUCGGGUUCAGAGGGUGGCACGGGGUGCAGGUGUAGCCACCAGAGACGUGCAGGAACUGCUUACCCAGUACACGAAGUUCGCCCAGAUGGUCAAGAAAAUGGGUGGUAUUAAAGGUUUAUUUAAAGGAGGAGACAUGUCCAAGAAUGUUAACCCAUCUCAGAUGGCCAAACUGAACCAGCAGAUGGCAAAGAUGAUGGAUCCCAGAGUGCUGCACCAUAUGGGUGGCAUGGCAGGUCUUCAGUCGAUGAUGAGGCAGUUUCAGCAAGGGGCUGCAGGCAACAUGAAAGGAAUGAUGGGAUUCAACAACAUGUGAAUGCUUCAGCCUUAAAUAAAAUAUGGAAAUCAUUUUGAUGGAUUUUAAACAAGCAGACCCAAAGUGGAGGAAGAUUUUUUUUCUUUUUCUUUUUUUUUUGCCUCAGAUAAUACAGUGAUUUAUUAAACCAUGUAAAAUAUUCAGAGACUUGAGUAUUUAUAAAGCUGAGAUUUUCUGGAGAAAGCAUUCACUAAUCAGACUUCACUUUAAUGUUUGAUCAGUGAGAUCUAAGUAGUUUUCAAACAUUUGACUACAUUUAAAGCCAAAAUCCUGUAAUAAGUAAAUCAUUUUUUUGUUCGUUUUGAGUUGGAAUGUGGUAUUUCAAUUUUAAUUAACAUUAUCUAGUUAUAUGUCUUUUUUUUAGACUGAAAGGAAAGGUGAAAUAUUUAAAUAUAGUCUGAUCUGGCUACUUAAGUACCACACAACACAAACUCGGAUGCGUUCAUCCUUUUUAAAACAUUACUAGUAAUUGCUGCUCUCAUGAUGUAUGAACUUCAUUGAAUCUCAAGGAAAACAGGUUUUGUGAUUUUGUUGCUCCUUUUGUGAUUAAGAUGUUUACAGUGGGGCCAGAAAAAAAAAGUAAGCGAUCAUGGUUUAUUGUCCCUUUUUCCUGGAAUUGCCCUAGAAGAACUUUGGCUUUGUAUGUGAGACAAAAGAACUGUAGUGUCAGACAUGUUGGUGACAAUAUUUUGUCAUAAUACAAUAAAUUUAUAUAGCAACAUUUUAA